CAGAAAGAUAGCAACAUGUGCAAGGGAUCCAUGUGGGGCUUUAGGAUAUGAGCUAACUGGGAAUAUUAGAUGAAUGAAAUAACUUCAGUUUAUUGAAGUAAAAAAAAUAUAUAAUUUAAUAUUUUAUUAAUCAUGUCUUUCUUUAUAAAGAAGAAAUCCGCCUCAGCGGCUCCUGGGAAAGGAGAAAAGUCUGCAGGUGGCAAGCGGAAGGCUGAUAAUCAGGGUGGAAAAGGGCGUCCAAAAAAACUCAACAAACGCCUGAAUGAGGAAAUCUCCAGCGAAUCAGAGAGUGAAAACAAUGAAACACACAUCAGAAAGCAGAAGGAGGCGGAGGAGGACGAGGAGAUCCAGGAGACGCCGCAGGAGAAGAAGCUGCGUCUGGCGAAGCUUUACCUGGAGCAGCUGAGAGAAGAGGAGGAGAAGAAGGCAGAGGACGAGGAGUUCGAGUCAGACCUGAUAGCUGGACGCUUACGGGAGGACGUGCUGGAGCAGAAAGGCAAACUGCAGAGACUCAUCGCGAACGAGCUCAUCGCUCCGGAUCCUUCUGAAAUCCGCUUGUUGAGAGGACACAAGCUCUCCAUCACAUGUCUCGUCAUCACCCCGGACGAGAAACACAUCAUCUCUGCAUCGAAAGACUGUUCCAUCAUCAAGUGGGAGGUGGAGAGUGGGAGGAAGGUGCAGAAGAUCGCAGGAGGGAGGAAAGGGACGGAGGAACGGCACGUCGGUCACACGGGACACAUCCUCUGCAUGGCCAUUUCCUCUGACGGCAAAUAUCUGGCCACAGGAGACGUGAACAAGCAGAUCAUGAUUUGGGAAGCUGCUACGUGUAAACACCUGUACAAGUUCACGGGACACAGAGACGCUGUAUCGGGUUUGGCGUUCAGGAGAGGAACACAUGAGCUGUACAGCGCCUCUCACGAUCGCUCAGUCAAAGUGUGGAACGUGGAUGAGAACGCUUAUGUAGAAACACUGUUCGGGCAUCAGGACGCAAUCACUGGUUUGGACUGCCUCGGACGGGAGCGGUGUGUGACCGCAGGGGGCCGCGACCGAACAGUCCGAGUGUGGAAGAUCGCCGAGGAGACGCAGCUGGUCUUCAACGGGCAUGAGAGCUCCAUCGACUGUGUUCAGCUCAUUAAUGAAGAGCACAUGGUCUCAGGUGGCGAUGAUGGCUGCGUUUCCGUCUGGUCCGUGAACAAGAAGAAGCCGCUGACCACAGUGAAGCGGGCACAUGGUCUCCAUGGCAGCGCAGGGCUGGAGGAGCCGUACUGGGUGUCAUCGGUUGCAGCGCUGCACAACUCCGACACCAUCGCCUCAGGUGCCUCAGGUUCCCAUAAUGCCUCUGUGCAGCUGUGGAAGUGUGGGCUGGGAUUCCGAGGCCUGGAGCCGCUCUUCACCGUCCCAGUGAAUGGUUUUGUGAACAGUUUGAAAUUCUCCAACACGGGCAAGUUCCUGGUGGCCGGUGUUGGACAGGAGCACAGGUUGGGCCGAUGGUGGAGGAUAAAGGAGGCGAAGAACGGACUUUACAUCAUUCCUCUCAAAAGGCAGAACAAAGAGACGACGACUGAGCAAUAACACAAUAAUACACACUCUGAGGACUGGACGAGAGUUUUGUUUUGGCUUUUUCUUUUUUGUAAUCUUUAUUAUUUUAUGUUCAAUAUGUUGUGCAGAAAUGUACAAAUAAAUGUCCCUUUAAGUUUCCA